AAGCAAUAUUCAUUUUCUUUAAAAAAAAAGUAUAAACUCAUUCCACCUUAUUCCACACCUUCAGAUUACACUGGCAUUGAUUUUUAUUCCUGCAUUUAAAAAGUAAUAAAAAUGUAUCCAUCCAUCCAUCUAUGACUAAUACUAAUGAUGAUGAUCAUAAGGGACGCCCCGACGGACGUGUGAUGACGCAACGGCGGCUCUGGGCUCUCGUGGACACGAGUACUGUCUCUUUAAAUUUACCCAGGAGCCCCUUAAGGAGCCCCAGGGGCCCCUCGUCCGGCUCCCCACCCUGAAGACAAGCAAGAGUCUCCAAAAUACGCGACUGGAGGCCCACGCUCAAGCAUUUGUCGCACCUUUUCCACGGGAGGAAAAAAAGUUAACUUGUCAACAGAGGGGUUUACGUUGACGGUGUCGCUCGCGCGCGCACGCACGCGCGGUCGUCGGGGCUUCCGUGCGAUGCCAGAUGCGCGUCGCGAACGUGCUCGUGCGCGCGUGACACGUCCCGGAACCGGAGCGAGUGCGGGAUGGACGACGCCACCGAGCUCCGGGGUGCCGAGCGGGCUCGGCCACAGCCGGAGCCUCUCUCAUUAACCGUACGCGGGGAGGAGGAGGAGGACGAGGCGGCCCGCGGGCACAGCGACUCGGGAGCAGAGGACGCACUUUCCAACGGCCACGCUGCCCAAGACGAAUGCGAGGCGGGCUCGUUGGUCCUGGCGGGGCCGGUCCGAUCGCCGGGCACCAGCUACUGGAGCAUCAGCGAGGGCCCGGAUCGGCCCCCGAUCCUGUCGCCGGCGCCGGGUCCGUCNNNGGCGUCGCGGCCCGGCCUGAGUCGCAUCCCGGGCCGGGACCACCGGCGCUACUACCACGAGUACUGGCGCAGCGAAUACCUGAUGGACUUUGACCCGCUGCGGCACGGCAUGAUCUGCAUGGUGUGCGGCAGCUCGCUGGCCACUCUCAAGCUGAGCACCAUCAAGCGACACAUCCGCCAGAAGCACCCCGACUCGCUGCUGUGGAGCCCCGCUGACAAGGAGGUCAUCCGCUCGGGCUGGGAGAGCCACCUGAGCCUCGGCGCCCGACCCGUCCAGACCUCGCCUCGGGGGAACCCGGAGGCCGACGACGAAGAGCUCGCCGACGCUGACGGAGCCGCGGCACCCGAGGCGCAGCCGCAGCAGAGGCGGAGUCUCUCUCCCGGGCCCGAGGCGGCGGGCGACGAGGCCGGCGACGAGGCCGGCGACGAGGCGGCGGCGGCGGAGGCCCGCACGCUGGAGUGCUACCUGAACGCGUCGCUGCACGCGUGGUUCCGCCAGGAGUUCCUGAUGGAGUACGAGGCGGAGGCGGGCCGGCUGCUGUGCAUGCUGUGCGGCGGCCAGCUGCCCUCGCUGCACCUGGACCACAUCAAGAGCCACGUGCUCCAGCGCCACCCCGACUCGCUCGUCUACUCCUCCGAGCAGAAGCACUGCGUCCUGCAGGCCUGGGCUCACACCCACGACGAGUCGGAGAACUCGAUCCAAUCAGAAGCAAACGCCAAAGACGAGGCCGAUCGCGGCACGUGGGACGCCUCGCCGUCUCGGGACGGCGGUCCGAUGGACGACGACGGCGGCAAGCGGCGCCGCGGCGCGUGCGGCGACUCGUGGCAGCUGCGCCUGGACUACCUGGUGGCGUACGGGCCCCGGGGCCGCCACGUUUACUGCAUGGUGUGCUCUCAGGUGCUGCGCGGAACGCAAGUCCGGAGCUUCCGCCGCCACAUCCAGGAAUGCCAUCCCGAGACGUUCAGCCUGAGCCAGCAAGAACGGGAAGCCAGAGCGGCCGCCUGGACCAAAGACUAUUGCGCCGACGGCAUCCUGGCGCAAGACGAAAUCAGCACAAGUGACGCCGCUGUCCUCAAUACCAGCGGAGGCCCGAAUGAGAACAGCUCCCCCGACACCAAACCGGCGGUGAAAGAAGAAGAGGACGAGGAGGAGGAGGAGGAGGACGGAGGAGGAGUCAAGGACACGGCCAAGGACGCGACGACGCCGCGCCACGGCCACUACCCGGGCAAGGACCAGCGGCGGAACUACCAAGUGCGCUGGCGCACGGACUUCCUCAUGGACUACGACUGCCGGCGGCACGGGCUCAUCUGCAUGGUGUGCGGCGCGGCGCUGGCCACGCUGAAGGUGAGCACCAUCAAGCGCCACAUCCAGCAGGUGCACGCGCACUCGCUGCGCUACGGCGACGACGACCGGCGCCGCGCCACGCUGGCCUACGACCGCGACGCCGGCCGCUUCGUCCACGCCGACGACUGCUUCCUCUCCCGGGAUCACGCGCGCGCCGACACGGGGCACUUGGCUACAUAGAAGGGGGGCCCGGGGGGGGCAGGGGGCAGUCCCGACACUUGCGACCGGGAUUGCGCGAGCGCUUUAUAUCCAAGCGGCGGAACUUAAAAGCUUCUCCAAAAGCCUUCCGAGAAAUACGCUGCAUCUGGGAAGUUCUGUGGAGUACUCCACUUUAUUAUGUUUCGGCUUUAUUCCAAAACGGAAUCCAUUUUUUUCCUCCUUAUGAUUUUGCCCUCAUAAUU